AUGCGCACUCGUUCUCAACCUGCCUCGCCUGGUGGCUUCGUCUCUCUCGAGACUGAACAGACUACUACUCGUCGUGUUACUAGAUCGACCAGGGCGGCCUCUCGUGCUGCAUCUCAAGAGCCUAGCUCUCAACAGGCCAUCGAGCCCUCCACCUCCACUCAACCCGCGACUCGUCCCAAGAGUCAGCGCAAAAUCAAGAAGCCCGUCACCAGAAAGACUGCGGCCACUACUACCUCUACCACCCCUUCCACCACCACCUCUACUACCUCGACCACCAAUCCUCAGACUCAGACGGCUCCUAAACGUGGCACUCGAAAGACCACGCGAAAGACCCAGAAAGCUACUUCUGACGAGACCGAUUCGAAUGCCGAAACCAUCAUCGAAUCGACUCAAGAGAACGAAGAUCGCGCUACCAACGACAUUGAAAUCCGCGCAUCUGACUCCCAGGACAUGGCCCUAAUGGAACCCCCGAGCUCCGUGUGUGAGUAUUCAACCUUUUCCCCCAGUCAUGUACCUCUCCCUUCGUCGCCUGUGUCCUCUCCUCUUUCCUCCCCUCUUUCCUUGCCAUCCCCUCCCCUUUCUUCAUCUCCUCCCAAGGAACAGGAGCAUCCUUCCCACCAAAUGGGUCGACCCCUGGCAGAAAUCUCGGGCUUCGAAGCCUUCCAGGCCCGCCAGGAGGCCGAAGUCCCACUGGAAUUCAGUCCCCUGGAUGAUCUGGACGAUCUUUUCUUCAACCUCCCCGAUCUGGGAGAUACUCCGUGCCCGGCAUGGGACGAGCUCGACACGGCCGAACUGGACCACUUAGAGACCGCCAUUUCCAGGUCGAACUCGCCGUUCAACUUUGAGCUCCAUUUGCACCAUGGUAUCCUCGCUCAGAUCAAUGAAGCCCUCGCAGCUGAUCAUGCCGAGGAGGACUCAACCAUUGCCGGGCCAGUCCCAAGCACCUCUGAUCAGGUAAAAUCGACGGAGCCGACCGCAGCGGAAUCGAUCAAGCCAGCCCGACCCGAGCAGUCAAUCGAACAGCCAAAGACUGUCUCUGUGGUGGCUUCCGCUGUGGACAAAGAGGAAACAGCCGUGGAGGACACAUCCUUCAACAAUCUUUUCGACAUUCUCGCAGAGAGAUUCGCGAAGUUGCCCUUUGAUGUCUCGCAUUUCUCGUCCGAAGAAGCGGCUGUUUCCUCGGAGUCAACCACCACGCCAGUGAGGCUUCCCGAAACCAAGCCGGCGUCUGAUAUCACCACCAGCGCCAUCCACCAAACCGCCAGUCAGCCGGCUUUGGACUUGGGAGCCUCUGUUGCUGCCGCCGCCCCGCUUACACCCUUCCUCAAUGCGUCUGAGCCGAACAUGCCAACGUUUAGCCUGUUUGCGCCUCCUAAGCGCGUGCCGUUAACGCCGCGCUCAAUCUUCUCACCAAUUCCGGAGACGCCAUCUUCAAUCUUCGGAGCAGGCGAAAGCGCGCAGCAACAGCUGGCACCAGUGGUGUCGGAAGAGGAGUCCGAGUUAAUCGCAGACCCUCCCUCCAGUCGAGCCAAGGUUCCUCCAAUGAAGCGUCGAGACAGUCAAGGACAGCGUCGCCGCUUGAUGCACGUCACACCCGCUCCGCUUUCUCCUAUCCCCGAGGAGGAGGUAGACCUUGGCACCUGCUCAAGUGCAGGACACUCUGAGUUCCCAGAUCGAAGGACCACCCCUGCAUCUUCUACCUUUGUUGUCCCUUCUCCCUCGCCUGCAGCGCAUGCCUCUUGCCUAUCAUCUCCUGUCCCCGCUACUUCCCCCUCCUCAGCUACCCCCACUUCCCCGUGUCUGUAUAGCCCGUCAUGCCUCGCUCCUAUUGAGGUUAUACCCUCAUCUAUCACCCCACAGUCGUCCUUAUCGCACCCUUCAUGCCCGGACCCCGCAACUCAGAGAACCCCAUCCAAACCCCUAGAAACUCGGACCAAAGAAAUACCCACCCAGGAACAGCAGACCAGGACACGAACCAAAGGGCCCAAGGAGAGGAAGCCGAGGAAACCUAACAACACAAAAAAGGCCAACAAAAAAAAGUCGCUAACGCUCGAAAAAGUAAAUAGGAAAAGGUCCCACUCUCAGGCGUCACCAGACGAUGACGCUACACCUUCCACACCCUCUACAAGCAAACGCCGAAACGUCGGUCCCCCUGGAAAUACCCCCUUACGCCGUUCUGCGCUUUCUCGCCGCCUCCCGGAUAUGCCAGUAUCCCGCUCGGAGAGGCUACUUCGCCGCCAGGCUGAGAGGGAGGGCCGUAUUCACACUACCAUCUUCCGCCUUCCCGAGUAUGUCGCUCAAACUGAAGCCGACCGCCUUGCUGCCCAGUCUGCUGCGCCAGUCCCUCCCAGCUUUGAACCCCUACAGGUAAACCCCGAGUUCUCAAGGGAAGAGCCACAGAACAAUGAUCACGUUAGCUCAGAGCAGCCUGCUCCUGUUCAAGAGCCAUCCACCCCCGAAUCUGCUAACAGCCGUUGGAACAUUCGUGGCUUACUGAACUCUGUUCCACGCUCUUUCUCUCGCUUCCUGCCAUCCUUUGCUCGCACUCCUGACCGGCCGGGAGCUUCAGUUCCUCAGCAACCAUCAUCCGAACGCGUUCAGCGUACGCAGCCAACUGAAGUAGUUUUGGCUAAUGCUUCUGAGAGAGAGCCACAGUCUCGUCGUCGCUUGAGUGAACAGCUCCCAGCUCAGCGUCAACGCAACCUAUCAUAUUCGCUUUUCCCCGCUCCGAUUGAUAGGAGUUUGUACCUUGGGGAUAUUUCCAAGCCCACAGACGCAUCCUCAAGUGCGCCCGCGACUGCGCAAGUGGACGAACGUGGACACGAAAUGCCUGAGAGAUUGGAACCUCAAGAGUCAGCCACCCCAGCUGUGCAAGAGCGCCGCCGUGAUUCCACCCCUCAAACUACCCCCGUCGCGAACGAGUCGCAGAAGAAGAAGCGCAAGCGUGCUCCCUCACCCGACGUCAUCCCUAACCCUGUCGGAUCCAGCUACGGGAUGGAUCUAGAUUACUUCUACUACAGCUCCGAAAGCGAGGACGAGGAUAUAGAGACUCCGGCCCCGCAGACCGAGCCCAGAAAGGAUACACUCGCCAAGACUGCACUUCGAAGCAAUGCGCAGUCAGAGCGGCCCGCAUCGAAGAAAGUCCGCUUUGAUGCCAGCCCCGAAAAUACCCCUUCGAGACUCCGUGCUCGUGCCACCGAUCCCUAUACUGGGGUCCACUUCAUUGGCAUGGGCAACCCGCAGUCUUCAUCUGCGCCAACCACUCCUACACCGGCCACCCCAGUGCAGCGUAUUGUAGAUCCGACACAGCGCCCUGGUUUCAUCCCAAACAGAUCGGGAACAUUCCAGCUUGAUUAUGAUGCUUUCUCCGACGAUUCGGAUUCUAGCGGCGCCCCGUCUCCUCCUGGAACUCCUGCUCCCACUUCUGUUAUCCAGGCUCCGACUUCCAUGCAGCUUACCACACCUGAAAAUGCCCAACCCCAAACCCCCCGUACUACUCCGCGUGCUGUACAGCCCGUGCCUACCCCAGCCAAGAUCGACGAAGAAGCUUUGGCAAGGGCCCGUUCUCAAGCAGAGAAAUACAAACCCAAAACGCCCAGUGGCCUUCGUACUGCUAGCCGCUAUUCGAGCCCUCUUACCGCCCCUACCCCUGAUGCCACACCUGCGCCGGCUGCGAAGACGAUUGCUGAGCAGUUUGGUGAUGAUCAGUUUGCUCAGGACGCUCAGUGGCUGUAUGAGCAUUGUCCUUCCGGUGAUCUUAGCCAGCUUGUCUGGCCCCAGCCGACGAGCCUCGCUGAGACCUUGGGAAUCAGCGACGAGGCCGUCCGCAUCAUGAAUGAUAUCUGGGACGAAUCUCAGGUUGAUGAGUACCACUCUAUAUUCCAGCAAGGCGUGGAGGAAUUGAGGCAGACUCUUGCGUUGUGA